AGACUAAAUAGAGAACAAGUGCUCCAGGACUCUAAAGCUAGCCAUAUCACAUAUUCUCAUCAUUUGUAUCCUACGCGUCAUUUGAUGGGAAAUGGAUCGAACACCUUAUCAGCGCAGGUAUCCACCGAGAAGAAACUUUCACCCCGUUAGCGCUCAAGGGGCUCCGCGCUACUCGGGUGGAGCUGGCUCUUCGGGAGUCGCGAAGCCACGAAUAUUUGAAAAUGCGGUUGGUGAAGCACAAAAUCAAAAAGGCAGUUCGCCGUUACAGUCACGACCUCGAAUUAAUUCGGAGUCGGAAAAGGCUCAACACAAUCGCAAAUCUUACUCGUUUGAAAAUUUUCCUAUCGAAAUGGAUAACAGUGAGAUCAUAAUUUGCGAAAAAUAUGCGGUGUCGCUUCUCCAACAACCUCGUUUUAACGCGAUUUUCAUACGCGCAGGAUGGAGCGGUCGUCGAGAAAUUACAAUGUGCGGCAUGAUUGAUUUUGGCAGCUCAGAAAGCGUUCUCAGACAUGCUGUCAAAGAAUGUGUCAACAAGGUUGAACAAUGCGAUUAUCUUGUACGACAGGGAGAGCGCUAUCCUAUCAGCGAAUGUUCAGUUGAGUAUCUCAACAAACAUCAUAUUGCAGUCAUGGAUAAGGUCGAUGGAAACUUUCCCCAUGCUGUAUACUGGUGCACAUUAUGUGACUAUCAUAUGUCUAGCAUACAACAUGUGCGAAGUCACUUUGAACAGCACGAGCAUUUCGCAGACGAACAAAGGAUGAGGGAAAGAGUAGACCUUCUUGAGAAGUUACCGCAAAUGACUAGCGGCCAAAUGGAAGCCAUCAAUAUGGCGAUCAGUCAGCUUCUCGAAGAAAGUGAUGAGGUUUACAGACGAGGACCCAUUUGGCAGGACCGGAUGGAGUUGAUGGACAAAGUUGAGAAAUUGCUCAGUCGGUGUGUUUUCGAGAAGCUGCGAGUGAGAGGCCAUGUUCGACCGUACGGCUCUACAGUGACCAAAACUGCGAUCGCUAGUAGCGAUCUCAACGUUACUAUCGACAUUCCUGGUGUUGACUGUAGCGAUGCAGUAGAGACUAUGAAAGAAGUGGCCGAUCUGUUAAAUCAGGGAGCAGAUGGCUUUGAAGCCCGUUUCUUGGCGCAGACGCCCAUGUGCAUUCGUUUGAUUAUGUCGGAUGUAUGUGUUCGUAUUACCUGGAGACGCGAGAGCGGCCUCAAACUUGGAAGUUUACUUGCUACUUACGCAGAAGUUCGCCCUCAGUAUCCAGAACUUUGCAGAGUUGUCAGAAAAUGGGCUGAGAUUUCUGGCAUAUAUUCUGUUGAAAAGCGACAAGGUGGCUUGACUAGCUAUGGUUUCGAUUUGAUGGUACUCUACUUCUUACAACAAAGAGGUCUAAUGCCUUGCCUUCACGAAAUGAGACCAAUGAUGGUUCACGAGAAGAGAAAUCCACACGUCAUAGAUGAGUAUUUCGAUAGAAGAGAUCUUUACGAAAAUGAUAUCACAAAAAUCACUGAGAGUUUUGGAGCAUUGCAAGAACCUUGGAAUCUUGCUCUAUUGUUUGUGGAGUUUUUGCGCUUCUUUGCCUCUCGCGAUCAUCUGAACGAAGUUGUACAAGUGGUUACGAAAAAUGUCAUGACAAGGGACAAAACUCGUUGGAGCAGAAAAUUAUUGCAGAUUGCAGAUCCAUUCAGAACUGAAAAUGUGGUCACGUUUACUAGAGCCUAUCAAGCAUUCUUCUUCAACUGUUUCCUCAAGUCAUACCUGUACUUUGCUAUUCCACAAACAACAACUGGCCCAAUGGUGGAUAUCAAAUUGUAUCAAAAGAUGGCCGAAAGUCCACGAAAAAGGAGAGGUAAACGAAAGAGAGGAGGCCCUUCUACGCUCGGUAGUGAGGUUAGAGGCGAAAGAAGAUUUGGCGGUGGUGCAGAACGCACUCCUCUCACAGUAAUGGAAAAUGCUGCUUCUACUAGCAUUGACGAGGAUGAGUACACGACCGCAGCGGAUGCAUUAGUCAGCGAAGAGCAGAAAGAAGAAGUCAAUCGCAAAAUUAUGGAGAGCUUGAUGCCGGAUCCGGAUCUGUUGGACCUAUCGCAAGUGGUAAUGGACGCGAGAGUUCAAGCUACGGGGCGCAGACAAUCCAAGGACGAACAAGCACAUCUCAGCAUCUCGUGUGUCAAUGGCUUACUUCUGCGUGGAGCUAAACAGGAUGUGAUGAGUCAUCUUGUCGCGAUAGCGAAAGCAGUUACGAGCAACGAUGCAGUUGCUGGUUGCUCUAUUGUAGAUCUUCCCAACAGACUCUGUGGAUCAUAUAGGUUACCAAGAGGCGAGGCGUUUUUUGUUCCAGAACGUAGCGCUUGUGGUUUUCUUGUCAACAGUCAAUGGACAAAUAAGGUUCGGGAGGUUAAGAGAGUCAAGAAAGGUAUCUGUGAAAUUACCUUGCAUCUCGCAGCUGACCAUUUUCUGAAGAUCCUGUAUUGUAUACAAUUAUUUGAUACAUAUCCACUCAGAAGACUUCGAGAGCGCGUGGAAGAAUUGAAGAAUUGGGACAAUACGUCUCUUAUUGUCAUGUUUGGCAACGAGAGUGAACACUCCAAUGAGAGAAAACAGUUCAAAUUGGCAGAAGUUUGCGAAAGUAUAGGCCUCGAAGUGUGGACUGGAUAUUUCAAAGAAGAAUCUCGCACUUUCGUCGCCAUCAGGAGUGACAAAAAGUUAUUUGAAGUUGAUGACUUGGCAGUGGAGGAAAUUGAUACUCCAUUGCUGAAGGAAUGCUAUGUUGUUAGAGCGGUGGCAACGCUCAAUCCAGGAGAAGAACGACAAUCAACUGAAGAUGAAUCCAUGUCGAAAGAAGAACAAGUAGAUUGUGUGACUGAACAGAUGAAAGAUGACAAGCGCAAAAGUGAGAAGAAGGUUGAGAGAGCCGAACGACGACGUCAGGAAAAAGAAAGAGCAGCAAAACUUCUGGAAAAGCUCGUGGAAGAGGAAAAGGCAACAUUGAAGAAGAGUCUACCAGAAGAGAGUGACAACGAUCUGAAUGCACUUGUUGAUGACCUUAUAAGUAAAGUUGAACGUCUCUGCAAGGACCCAUGUAACGAUGGUGAAAAAAUUGACGUGCUAUUACAAAAUGCAACACCGAAAAGGAAAAGGACCCGUAACAAAGUACAAUUCGCGGAAGCUUCUACAAGCAAAGCAGAUGUUUCCCGUAUGGAUGAUAAAAAUGUGCCGUGCAACAGCCAUGGUAAACCUAUCGCGAGUAAUGGAUUGGAAGCUUCAAAACAGUCCGACGAUGAUGUUAAAAACUCUGAUCCUGAUAUCAAGCUUAGGAUGGAAACGUGCUUAUUCUACGGUAUCCCUCUGAAGGAUCUGAAUCCUGUCAAUGUGGAAAUUGAUGACGUAGGCGUGUACAGUCGUCGAACUAUGUACAAAAUUCGAGAUACCUAUCCUGUGUCUAUUAGAAGACCGUUGUUCGCCAUACUCGAGCGCCUUGAGCUGAAUUCUCGUGAAUUCAGUGAACGCGACAGAGAAUGUGAAGCUAUGAAGGAACGACGUCGGCAAGAGAUUCGUAGUGCACGUAUACGCAAGAAGUUGAGGAAGUACAUAGGGACAGAAGUCAAAAUUAAGAAGGUGCAAAUGCAAGGUCCGAAUCCAUUUGACUCACAAGGUGGAAUAACGGAAAAAGACUGGUUGCCUGUGGUUAAAGCACAAGACGAUGACGAUGAUGAUGACGAUGAGCUUGGUUUACCUUAUCGGGCGUAUGCGAACGACGAUUCAUCUAUUGAAGGAUCUUUCGAUGAGUUGGAUCUGUCUGAAACCGUUGAGAAAACUGAGGUUGAGAUCGAACGUAAAGUCGAGGUGGAAACUACGGUGCAAAAGCCUCAGUCACCGCAGUCACCACAACAAGACAAGGAAAAUAGACCGAAACCGCUCAUUUGCUACGAAGAUUUCUUCAUAACAAUGAAAAAGUUUGAUCCAACCAUCUUGAAAGUCAAGAUUGACGGCCUCGGCAAAGAGUCCUUUGCAUACUCGUUUGCAAACGCACAAAAUUUCAACAAUGGCUAUAAACCCUACAUGCUCUGUUCAACUUGCGAAAGCUCCGAGCAUUGGUCAGAUGCAUGUCCACUCAUGACGAUCCCUAAGGUUGAAACAAUAUUUUAUGAGAAGAAAGAACAUGAAUGGAUGGAACUGGACAAAGUCAUAAUUGGAACUUAUGAAAAGGACCAUGUGAAAGAACACAGAAUAGAAACGGUAGGCGCAAUGGUUGAACGGAUACGCGAAUUCUUGGAAAAUGACUUGAAGAAGAAAGUUCGGCUUGACAUUUUCGGUUCCUUAGUCAAUGGAUUAGGUAGUGGAAGUUCGGACGUCGAUAUCUGUUUUCGGUUCGAAGAAAACGAGCCGCCUUUGGAAGUGGACGGAGUAGAGAUUGUGCGGGAGAUCUGUCAGUCUCUACAAAAAAUGAAAGGAUUGGAUAAAGUCUAUGCAAUUACCACCGCGAAAGUGCCUAUAGUGAAAUUUGUCUGCCCAAAAUUUGCAUUUGAGGGAGACAUAAGUUACUACAACGUACUGGCUUUGUAUAAUACACAGUUGUUGCGAACGUAUUGUGCAUGGGAUAGGCGUGUCGCACCAGUAGGUAUAUGGGUGAAACGAUGGGCGAAGUCGUGCGAUUUCGGUGAUGCAUCACGUGGUUCGCUGUCAUCAUACGCCAUAAUUAUCCUUCUCAUUCACUACCUUCAGAAUUGCCAGCCACCUGUCCUGCCUCGCUUACAAGAAGAUUUCCGUAAUGGAGAAGUAAAAUCAGUAAUGGUCGAAAAUCACGAUGUAUACUAUCAUAAAACAAUCCCCGGCAAGACUGAAUGGUCAAAGAAUACUUCAUCGGUAGCACAAUUAUUUGUUGGAUUUCUGGAUUAUUUUGCCCGCUUUGACUUUGAAACGCAGGUGGUCCAAAUUCGGCGCAGGAAACCACUGCUCAAAAUGGAGAAAGAUUGGAGUCGCGCUAUGUGCAUAGAAGAUCCAUUCGAUCUCCAUCACAAUUUGGGUUCGGGUGUUACCAAGAAAAUGUUUGUAUUCAUCGCACGCAACAUCCACAACUCUCGCAGAAGGUUCAUGUUGCCCGAGAUGCGCCGUGAAUUCUUGUCUAAAAAAGGAUUGCCAGAUGAUAGGGAAAUGCCUCCUAGUUUGAGCGAUAUAUACGCGGCAACUCUACUGAAAGAGUGUGGUAUGGGUGCUGCUCCUUCCGAUCGUCAAUGUCGAAUAUGUCAUCGGAUUGGACACUUUGCGGAAGCCUGUCCAAAGCUUCACGAUGAUGAGACGACCGAAUCCCAAGUUGAGACAAAGGAUGAGUUAGUGGAAAGUGAUUUUAGGAGUCAACAUGGUAUAAGAACACCACGUAAAGAGCCUUGGCUCAAAAAGGCUCCAGUUGGAAACAAUGGCGAAACGCCCCCCAGAAGCGGCCAAACACAAGCAGGUCAAACAGAAGGGCGAGGCUAUCAAAUCAGGAGGUCCUAUUACCGCAAAGUAGAACGACACUCGAAGGAAAUUCAACCGCAAGCACAAGUACAGACGCAAGCACAAUCACCAGCAGUGUUACAAUGAGUGGAAUGUACAGUUUCCGGAAGUCAUGGCAAUAAUUCGGGUACAAGAAACGAGUCUAAAACCUACAGGCUCUGCAUUUACCGUGCCAAUACUUUCUCAGACAUUUUGGGUCUUCAAGGUUUUUUUACUUUACGUUUCCUUUCUUCAUCUAUUCUUUCUUGUUUAAGGUUAGAAUUCACUUUUUUGAUAGCAGUGAUUUCCUACUCGAGCUUUUUCUUCGGUUGAGUUUUAUUUUUGUGACCAGCUACACUUAGAUCUGUAGCGUAUGUAUGUUUCGCAGUAUCUUCUAUUUUAAUCGUUGCCUUAAACUGUCAUCAAAUACUCAGGGGUUUCUGUGAGGUAGAUUGGGUAGAAUUUGAAUGUUGACUUGCGGUUUUUAAUUCUUGUUCUUUGGAUUUAUAUAGCCAGUACUUUAGCACGCGUGCCACUUUCUUAAAAGCGUUGAAAAGCGUUUUUCUAUUCAUAAGCUUAGUCACUUGUAUGUAUAACCUUUAUUGCCUUGCCUAUCUACACAACUAUCCUAGCUUUAGGGACCCCUCACUUGUUGUAAAAGGUAAACUAUGACAUUACUCCACUGCCUCAAAGGAAUCUUGCAUUUCCUUUGCCCACAAGUUUUGUAAAUUCCUCCUCGUUCAAACCAAAAUUUGCAACUGCAUUUUCCUUUUUUCUAUUUAUUGUUUUUUUUCUGCAGUGUAAGGAACCUGCUUUAUGUAUAUUGAAUGCGUAGGAUCUCAUUGUAAUUGUUGCUGUGUUCACUGUGUCUGGACGGAGAGUUAUCAAAAUUUUACUUGGUCAUGAUGGUGUUCCAGUGAUGGCUACCUCAUGUCCCUGCUCCACAAUUAUGAAUAAAGAUCGGGAG